GAUCGCGAGAGGACGCCAGAGGCCUUCCUUUUCCUAUCGGGGCGGGGCGGGGCAGGGAAGACGAAAAGGUGGUGGUGAGGCUGGGCCUUUCUGGGGGCGAUGCCGUCCGCAUUCUCAGUCAGCAAGUUCCCCGUCAGCAUCCCCGCCGUGAUCACGCAGACGGACUGGACGGAGCCCUGGCUCGUGGGGUUGGCUGUCUUCCACGUGCUCUGCCUGCUGCUCACCUGCUUCUCAUCCCAGCGGUAUCAGCUGCAGGUGGGGCACUUCCUGUGCCUGGUGACCCUGGUCUACUGUGCUGAGUACAUCAAUGAAGUGGCAGCAAUGAACUGGAGGUUAUUCUCAAAAUACCAGUAUUUCGACUCAAGGGGCAUGUUCAUCUCCAUGGUGUUCUCCACGCCGCUGCUGCUCAAUGCCCUGCUCAUCGUGAUCCUGUGGGUGCGCAAGACCCUGCACGUGAUGACCGACCUGAGGAGCCUGCAGGAGAGGAGGAGGGCCAGGAGGAGGCCCAAGGCGGAGUGACGGCUGCACUCCCGGCUCCAGGCUCCGGGCGGGCUGCCUCCCCACGUGAGCAUCUUCUCAGACCCCGUCCGCUCCUGGGAGGCACUUAGAAGGAUGGAGUUUGCCUAACAUCCACCAGGGCACUUGCCGGGCCUGCACGGGGUCCUGAUUCUCUCCAGUGAAACUGUAAACAGAUAAAGCUGUGCCCAUCACCACACGUCCACAGCACUCCUGUGACUGGUGUGUUACCAGACAUCCCGUCCACGUGGAGACGGUGACUGAGUGAUGGACAGUGCCACCCAUGCGUGGGCACCUCCGUCACCCCGUCACCUCCAUCACCCCCCAUCACCUCUGUCAAGUCCAUAACCCCGUUACCUCUGUCACCCCCUUCACCCCCAUCAUGUCACUCUCACCCCCUCGUCAACCUGUCACCCUCAUUACUCCCCGUCACCUCCACAACCCCCCGUCAUCCCCUCUCACCUCUGUCACCUUCAUACCCCCGUCAGCCCGCUUCACCCCUGCCGCCCCCAUCACAGCCCCUGUCACCUCCGUCACUCGGGUCUGGUCUGCACAGUGGUGGCCUCUCCAAGUGGUGCAGCCCUGGACAGAUCACACCUUCUGUCCAGUUAAGACGUCUGGACUCCUGGGGGCCGGAGGUCGGGAUCCACGGAAGCGGUGGCUGGAGGGGCCCUGUGAGUUGUUUUCAGGAAGGAGAGUCACAAGUAAAGACGGUCAAUAUUUACCUGUUUCAACUAACAGAUCUUUAUGGCAAAUACAAGGAUUGAUUAGAUGCCCGUGUUUCACCUCCUUUUUACCCUGGGAGCCCUGGGACAUGGUGCUGCCGGUUUAUUGGAGCAGAUGCACCAUUCCUCUGUGACGUCUGCUCUGUAAACUGACUUGUGAGCAGGACGCUCGUGGCUCCUGUCACAUCUGGAGCUGCAGCUGGAGGAAGAAAGGUGAGCAGAGCAGCUGUCUCAACACACAUGUUCAGUAAAGAGGAUGCUGUUGGUUCCUGA